AUGCCUACACCGCGCAUCUCAGGCUCAGGCUUUGCCGUCACCGCACCCUCCUCAGCAGCAGCUGAUGGCCCUUCCCGACAAAAGAGAUGGGCCCCCCGAUCUAGAUCUGGCUGCUUCACCUGCCGAGCUGGUCGCGUCAGGUGCGACGAGGCCAAGCCCGUCUGUGGUAGAUGCGUCCGCCUCUGUAAGCCGUGCGCCGGCUACGGCAUCGUCAUACCCACCAGCAGCAUCACAAGUUCCACCGCCGUCUAUGAUGCCCGCGCCCGGCGGCAACGCAUCUGCCUUGAGACCGUACCGCCAAACUGGGAUCAUAUGGAGGCGAUCCGAUUCUACGUCACGCACUUCCUCCCGGCGCAGUCCGCCCACCUCCCCCAGCCCCGACUCCGGACCUUCGACACCUGGAGUCACCUGCCCGUGUCCUUCAUUUGCAGCAUGAUCUCGCAGCAGAUCCAGUGGUCGUGCGCGAGCCGUGGCCGGAUGCCGCGUCCCGGAGGGGACCCGGCGCUGGCCCCGGCCUGGGCAAAGUACUUUCACUACUACCGCGAGCUCCUCGGCGUGACCAACGAGAGCAUCCAGGAUCGCGGGCGCCACGGCGGCAAGUAUCGUGCCCUGUACUGCAUAUUCGCCCUCUUCUGCAUGGACAUCAAGGCCGACGAGCCGUUGUGGCAGGCGCACCUCAACGGCGGCUUUGCAUACGUGGACAAGCUCGGUGGACUCGACGCGGUGGUCGGAUUUCCGCCUUCUUUAUCGGCCUACGUGAUGAAGGACCUCAAGCACAUGCUACUGCAAGUUCGCGGGUUGGUCGUCUAUACGGAUGGGCAGAUGACGACCAUCAUUCAGAGCGGCAUCAUCAUCCAGCCGCCGAUACCAGCAGACAUCUUCAUCGCCAUUGCGGGCUUCACGCAGCUACGCAUUCAGGCGGCGACCUCUGACUCCGUCGCAGAAUCUGUAAUCUGCGACGCGGCGCACGCCAACCUGACCAAGCUCAGCGCCCUCGACCCGGAGGCCUGGGCCCGAGAGCACGGCCUCGGCGACUACCCGCUCGUCGCUGCGACUGUUCUCAUAUUCCGGGUGGCCGCGCACUUGUACGGCGCCCUGGCCCUUCCAGCCGCUCGGUCCGUGAAAUUUCCGCUCCGGACGCUUCGGAAGAAGCUCUUUGCGCUGCUAGGCGCGAUAUGGGAGAAGAUCAACAACCACUGCACCCUGCUGUGGCCCUUGAUCGUGGCCGGCGUCGCCGCGGCCGACGGGGAUGCUCAGGAGCGAGUAUUUGUCGCGUGCUGCUUCGAGACCGGCGCUCGUAGUCGGAAUAUGUUUGUAGAGUUCUCGCGAUGCGCGAGGAAGAUGGAGCAGAUUUGGGCCGAGGGAAAGACUGCCUGGGAAGAUUGCUUCAGGGAACCGUUUGUGUGCAUUCCAUGA